AUGCAGGUCAGACUGGGAGAGCACAACAUUGCAGUUAAUGAGGGCACCAGGCAGUUCCUCCACUUCGCCAAGGUUAACAGACAUGCCGGCUAUGCCUCCAGAAUCAUUGUCAAUGAUAUCCUGUUGAUUAGGCUGGCCUCCCCUGCCACCCUCGUCUUCUACGUCAAGACUGUGUCUCUGCCCACUGGUUGUGCUUCCAUCGGAACCACCUGCUUGAUCUCCAGAUGGGGCAACACUCUGAGCAGUGGAACCAACAUGCCUAUCCUCCUGCAGUGUCUGAAUGAAUCCAUCCUGACCAACACCCAGCCUAGUCAGAUCAUCUCCAACAUGAUCCGUGUUGGCUACCUGGAGGGUGGCAUGGAUUCCUGCCAGGAAUACCAUUUUUUUAAUUUUACCAUUAGAACAAAACUUUAUUACUGA